AUGUACCACUCCUUCGCCUCCCCCGCGCAACUACUCGACAAACUCUUCGAACUCUACAACUCAAGCUGCUCGACAAAGACUACCACUCCCUCAGCGAGUGGCAACUCGAAAAACUCUGCUGCUGGAUCGAAUCCAUCCCCGACUCCACUCAGCAACAACUCCUCCUCAGCGAACUCUACAAAUCCCGCAAAGAACGCGCCAACUCCUGCAAACACGUCCCAGUCACCUGCAUCACCAUCGCUCUGCCCAACGACAGACCCCCCCCGACUCAUCGACCUCUCCGCUCGAGACAUCGCCCAACAACUCACUCUAGACAUCUGGCCCAUCUACUGCUCCAUCAAACCCACCGAACUCUUCAACGGCGCUUGGAUCAAACCCUCCGCCCCCUCUACCGCCCCCAACGUCACCAAGCUCAUUCAAAGGUUCAACUUCGUCUCGACCUGGGCCUCCUCCGCCAUCUGCUCCGAACUCAACGAAGAACUGCGCCGAAAAACCUUCACCAAAAUCGUCCACGUCGCCACCUACUUGAAGGCCCUCCGCAACUACCACCUUCUCUACGCCGUCCUCUCCGGAAUCAGCAACAUGGCCAUCAUACGACUCAAAAAAACCAUCGGAAAAAUAGACCGACAGACCAUGCAAACCCUCUCCACCCUCGAACUCCUAAUGGACAUGAGGGGAUCCUACAAAUACUACCGAACCGCGCUCAAGAAGAUCAAAAACACCAGCUGCAUACCGAGCAUCACAAUCCUGCUCAAAGACCUCAUCUUCAUCGAAGACGGAAAUCCAGACGUUAUCAACGGAUUGAUAAACUGGAGCAAACGAAGGCAGGCCUUCCAACAAAUAGCCGAAUUUCUCGCAUACACCACCGCACCGCUCAAAGGCGUCGUCUCUCUCGUCGUCAACGACGUCCCCGCCUCCACCAUAAUCGAGAAGACCGUCUUGCUCGACGAGGACCAGUUGUAUGCACUAUCUGUCUCGC